AUGGCUUCCCCGGGUGGUCCGAUUGUGAUCAGCGACCGCGCCGUCUUUGUCUCGCAGGUCUUUUACGGGAUCGCCAUACCGCUCCUGGUUCUUUCGACGGUGACGCUAGGCUACCGGAUUUAUAACAUCAAAGCUCGAAGAGCCCUCUGGUCGGAUGGCUGUAUCGUUGUUGGUUAUGUCCUCGCGGUGACGUGUUUUGGCUUAUUCGUACCGCAAAGCUUCCUGACACCAGGGGUCAAGUCACCUGAAGCCAUACUCGAGGGCCAGAAGGGCUCGUUCCUGUCGAUCCCGAUAUGGGGCAUGUCAAUGGGCUUCAUCAAGGCCUCGAUCGGCCUGACCCUCCUAGAGAUACAAAACCAGCGCUGGUUCCAAGUCCUGAUCUGGACCAACAUUGCCGCCUCGGCGGCCUACGGCUUUGGGAACAUGUGGUUCAUCCUCUUCUCGUGCCGGCCGCUGCCUGCCGCGUGGGGUGAUUUUGCCGACCCGACAAAGGCUCAGUGUCUUCCUUCGACCUAUAUACGAAAGGCGGCACUGGCUGGGGCGAUUGUCAGCGUCGCAACCGACCUGAUGCUGUCGCUAGCACCCAUAAGCUUCCUCUGGGCGCUCAAGCGGCCGCUGCGCGAGUGCAUCGUACUGGGGUGCCUCAUGUCGCUGGGGCUGCUGGCCGCCAUGUCGUCGGUGGCCAAGAACCUGAUCAUCGCCGACUUUGGCAAGGACAACGUCGACAUGUGGGCCAUGAACAUAUCCAUCAGCACCUGGACGGCCUGCGAGAUGUUCCUCGGCAUCAUCGCCGCCUGCACGCCCUUCUGCCGCCCCGUCCUCGAAAAGUGCGUCUCCAGCAUGGGCCUGUCCCUGACGGGGACGGCCAGGUCUUCCAAGCCCGCGAGCAAGGGCUACGGGGCCUCUUCGGGCGGACCCGGCGCCUACCGCCGCGGCGCCACGGUCGGCAACGCGUUUGGCCUGUCCCCCACCUGCACGGCGUCGAGCACCGACAAGCCGCGCUCGCAGUUUGAGUCGGACGAGGACCCUCUCCGGAGCGGCAUCGAGCUGCAGACGAAGCAGCUGCAUGCUGGUGAUGGUGGUGGCGGCGAGGGCGGCGAGGGCAGCGGCGGCGGCGGCAGCCCUGGCGAUUCCACCGUGGGCCGGUCCAACUCGGGCAUAUACAAAACUACAGACAUACACGUGCAGACGACAGAGGCUAGCAGCAGCCAGGCCUGGCCGCUGGAGGGGCGGGGAUACUAUCCUGGUUCUGCUGUCUAA